GCAGCCCUGGGGCAGCCGGGCGGGGCGGGGUGUCCUAGAGAGCCGCGGAUGGGCCUCACACCCAGGCUGGGCCAGGACACCCCGUCCUUGGCUGAGGCCCAGACCGGCUCUGUUUACAGAAUCUGUCAGCCCCGUCCCCCCUCCCCCAGCCGCCACUUCCCCCAGAGCCCUGGAGGCUGGGAGAGGGACAGGCGGGCCGAGCCGAGGAGGCAGCCGGACCCCCGGCCCGCCCUCCGGCCCUCCUCCCCCUCGGCUCUCGGGCCAUCCCUGCCCUCCCGUCUUCUGCUUCCCCGUCAAAGCACUGGGGGUGGGGGGUAGGGGGAGCGCAUUUUAAAAGCGCAGUUGCAGGAGGCGUGCUUGCUCCCCAGGAAAGCUUGGUUAAUGGUGGAAAGGCAGGCACUGUGCCGGCAGGCGCAGGGAGGUUUUUCUGGGUAUCUCCAGUCAGCCUGGAAGAAGGCUCACUCUUUCCUCGGCACCCCAAACCCAUGGGCGCCUAGGAGGGACUUGGCGCAAAUGAGGUGUGGCCCGGCGGUCAGGCUGGGGCCUUCUGGGGGCUUCCGAGGGCAGCGACGUCUGCAGAUAAGGCAAACGGCCGGCCGGGCCGCGGUGACUCAGCUGCGGCCACCUGCAGGCCUUGUUCAGAUGGCAGAGGGUGACAAGGGACACUUGAUAGGGAAGACAGCACGGGAACCAGACCUGGUCAGGAAGGUGGCAGUGACAAGAGGACAUCUGGACCAGCAAAAGCCCAGUCUUGGUUGCAGGGAGCUAAGAGACCCCAGCACAUUUCUCACACAGAGUAAGUUAAAUUGGUGCCUCCAAAUAGACUCUGGCCUGGAAGCUGAGAUGUUACCAAGGGAAGCAAACAACAACUUUUUCAGAAAACCUGGUGGCCAGGCAUGGCCCUUCCCCCCAGGCUGGAGACAAAAGAAGCCUUUUCUGCAGAAACCGAGCCGACUCAAGGGAGAGACCUGCAGAUACAUGCAUGACACAGAUAAGGACCUCCAGCGGAAGGCCCGGCUCCUGAGCAACCACCGUCCACAGGAAGUCACUGUUAGACAGGCUCCACCCAAGCAUCUCUUCAAUGUGUAAUUCUUAAAUAUGAUCAUAUAGCCAGGGUCCCCAGACACUUAAGGAAAGAGAAUAUGAGAGACAGGUGUGGGGGAGGGGACAGGGGAGUGGACAGCAAAGAAAGCCUAAGCUUAAGGAGAAGAAAGCUUUUAAGAUGCUACAAAAUCCUCAGGGAGUGAAAAUAAGAUUUAUAUCUUAUGGUUCAUUAUCAUGAAAUAUCAGAACACCAAAAGACCCCAAAAGCAUCCAGAAAAGAGAAACAGGUCAGUUGAAAGUACCAGGGAUCAGAAUGGCACCAGACUUCUCAGCAGCAACACUGGAAGCUGGAGGAUAAUGGAGUGAGGCAUUCAGAAUUCUGAGUGAAAAUGAUUUAUAAUGUAGGAGUCUAAACCCAAACCAUUAAUUAAGAGAAAUAGUAGAAUAAAAGAUGCUUUCAGACAUGGGAGAUCACAAAUAAUUUGUCUCUCUCAGACUCCCUUUCUCAAGAAGCUCUCCACCCAAACAAGAGAAUAAUAGAAUGAGGAAAACGUGCUCAGGAACCUGGAUGACCCCAGGCCCAGGCAGGAGAAUCCCCCUCUGAGCCAGAGAAUAGAGAUAUGUUGAGGGGUCAUUAGGUGGUUGUGGGAAUUAAUAAAAAGUUUCUCAAAAACAGAAUAAAUAAAACCUCCAAGGCAACUACUACCUACAAAACCCCUCCAACACAAAAACUAUAAAAGAAAAUAAAUGUAAUACCAAAAAGAAGUACAUAGCUAUAAUAAUGUAAACACAGAUUAUUGAUUUAACCAAAAACUGUAAAAAACAGUGUUGGGAAGCUAGGAGAAAGGGGAGGAUGCAGGUGGCAGUGGGUAAAAGAAACACAUCCUCAUCUCCCAUAUGCAAGAAAAUGGGUAAAUGUUCUUUUGUCAGUUUGUGUGAAAUUGACAGAUUGACAAAAUAGCACUAUAAGCACAUUAUUCAGAAAAAUGGAGGCGAAAGUUAAAACCGGAAGAAACAGCUGAAUGAGUUUAAUUAGGUAC